AUGAGAGAUGUACAGUCCAAGAAAGCUAUUUACAUUCGCAGAGAAGCGCCUGCUACUUGUCAUAUAUGGUUUACUUGCAAUGGAUACCUAAUUUGUUCAAGGGAAGCUAGAAGAAGAGAUAAUUUGUAUCUAGAAUGUGCAUUGUCAAAUUCUUUGAGCCAAUCAGAGAUAACUAAAGGAACUGAAAGUGGUCCAAGCUCGAGUAUAGUUAAAAAUGAUGAUCGUAUCACAUUAACUGUCGCGGAAACUGAGGAUUCCAUAAAAGCUGAAAAAUCUGCAAUUGAUGCAAUCAAAAGGGCAAAACGGUCGGAAAAUGAUGAGUUGAAGCGUAGGAAAGAAACAGAGAAGGCACUGAGGAAAGCGAAAGAAGAACUUGAACAGAUGAGGUCGGAAUUCGAGACCCGAAUAACAGACUUUAAUAUGGUGAUAAGAAAGCUUCAAGAAAAAUAUAGCUUAUCAAUGGGAGCAUUGAGAAGACUUAGAGAAGAGCGAGACGAGUUAAAGAUAGAGCUCAGAGAAGUAUCAAAGCUGAAGAGUAACCGCAAGAACCAUGAACCACCUCAGUACUUCAUAUGUCCCAUUACACAGGAUGUUAUGGAGGAUCCACAUGUAGCAGCAGAUGGUUUUACAUAUGAAGGAGAAGCCAUAAGUGGUUGGUUUGAGAGAGGACAUGAGACUUCUCCAAUGACAAACAAAAUACUUCCUCACACGAGCUUGGUUCCAAAUCUUGGUCUUCGAUCCGCAAUCCAAGAAUGGCUUCAAGCUCUUGAGAUUGUAUGCUUGUAA